GCUAGUUCCUGGCGGGAGCCGGGCCGCGCCGCUGAGGUGGUGUGGGUGAGUGCCCCGUUCCUUACAGCCAUUCUGGGUGUGCACCUGGGACACCUUCCGCCAGCCCUGCGGGCUCGCCUGGCGGGAUCAGGGCCGGGGAUGCUGUGGUUGAUCUCAUGAACUCCAAAAUGAAACAGAAACUGACCAUAGAAAAGUCCUCAGGAUCUUUGCAGAAGUACCUCACAGAUAGCACAAGCAGUGCUGCCCGAAGACCAACUCUUAAAAUGAUCCAGCCUUCAGCAGCCGGCAACCUGGUUGGCAGGCGUAGUGAGAAGAAAUCUUCAGUCAGAAGGAAGCUCUGGAAUAACAAAUUUGCCUCAAAGGCUUCUAAAGCUGAGGUGUCUGUGGACAAGGAGCAGGAGAAUGAGAAUGAUGUCAUUCAAGCUGAAGAUCUCAUGGUGAAAGGAGAUCCUUCAUCUCAGUAUUGGAAAGAAGUGGCAGAAGAAAGGAGGAAGGCUCUGUAUGAAGUGCUUCAAGAAAAUGAAAAGUUGCACAAGGAAAUCGAGCAGAAGGAUGGUGAAAUUGCCCGCCUAAAAGAAGAAAAUGAAGAGCUCAUGUCCCUUGCUGAGCAUGUGCAUUAUAUGACCAGUGUGAUUGAGAGGCUGACUGGGCAAGCACCUGACAAUCUUGAGACACUGGAGAGUCUGGCUCUAGAGGAAUCCAGACAGGAAAAUGAAGAGCACAUCUGUGGAGAUGAGGCAGACUGUCCUUCUGAAGAAGAGCCAUCACAAGUAUUGUCUGGUUUAAGGGAGAAUAGAUCAGAUCUUCCUUCAAAGGAAGCAAGCCAUUUGCAACUGGAAUGACAACCUUUAAAUAGGCUUAUGUAUGUGGCUUUUAAUUGCAGGCUUCCUCUUGAAAGCAUAUACUGAACCUCUGGUACAGAAACUCUUGUGGGAACAUUACAGAUGUUGGUAUUUUUAACUGGAAUUAUGUAGCAGUGGGAGGAGUAUCUGAAUACUGCAUGGAAAAUUUACUACAGGCUGCAUGUAGUUGCUUGUAGGAAAUGCAAAUACUGUGUAUUUCAACUGUUGUGUAAAUAUCUUUAUCAGUUGGUCUGACAUGAUGCAUGAGAAUUGAUAAAUAAAUCUUUGAUUACCAAAAUAGCAUCUUAAUUGACAGGGGAAUAGUUAAUCCUUAGUUUAAAUCAAUUAUGACUCCUGUAGAUGGAAGCUUUCAAGUUUUUGGGGGGAAUGCUUGGGCAAUUUUUAGUUCUUCUUAUAUUUUUGGAAUUCUGGAUUAAAAAUUGCUUUUUUUUUGUGGAUAGAGGGAGGGGAAAAAGCAAGAACUCGUGUGUUGUUGGUGAGGUUUCAGAAAGGUUUAUUGGAUAAGAGUCAAAAUCUAAAGGUCAGUUAUGAUUUUCAGAGUUUUUAAAAUUCAUUUCCUCUGUCUUCUAAGGAAGCAUUUUGCAAUCUGUGUAAUGAGAGCUUAAGUAGGAAAUAUUAGACCAUUUAUUUUAGUAAUACUUUAAUUGGCUUAUGAAGAGAAGGUGGUGUUUUCUUGGUCCCAGUAGCAGCUGUGCUGAAAACUAGGUGGAGACAAAGCGGCCUAUACUUGAGAGCUGUUCUGAAAGGAAACUCGGUGUUUUCAAGGUACUGCUCUGGUAUUUACCAAGAGAUGAGACCCCCUUUUACCAAGGUACUUCAGGUUCUGAAAGGUUUACAGGAAUAGAAAGGGUCUUUAAAACCUUGAGCACCUUAUCUGGUAUCUGCAUGGGCUCCGAUGGAGCAGGAAAGUUGAAUACAGAUUUUCUAGUACUGAGUGAACUCGGGGCAGUUGUUCUGUAACAAGGCUUUAACAAUGGGGGCUGUUGCCAUAUCUUGGGAGGAGCUGAGUGUCUUUCAGGAGGCAGAAGUGAAUAGAAGCAUCCUGGUUUCUGGAUCUCUGGCCUUGCCAAAGAUGGUUUCUUCAGGGUAUGUGUGAAUGACUGUGGAGCUAUCAGAUUGGCGCCUUUAUAUUCCUUCUGUUUUACUUCCUGUGGCUGUUGAUCAGUUAACAGAUGUUUUACAAGUGAUUUCAGUUGAGACAUCCAGGAAAUGUCAGAAACCACCGUAGGAGGUAAUACUCCUGGCUGCCAUUUUACCUCAAGCAUGCUAACUAGAGAACGGAGUCAUCACGAUUUCUUGUGAACUUCGUAAGCACAAGAUUAUAUCUUCCAGUGUAUGCUUCAGGGGGUGCUUAGACGUAUUCCUUUCCAUCACAAGAUGAAAAGGUGAGAAAGGUAUGUCCUUUAUCAUGCACUGAUGCUGUCUUGAAGAAACAAAACUGGAUGCUGGGCAAAUGCUUUGUAGCAUAACCUUGGUUUUCUGUUGAAGUGGAUAAUGCUUGUCAAGUGACUUAGACCUCUCCUAUCUCACAUUCUAAGCAACUUUCUUAACAAUGUAGUUCAUCAUUAGUAAAUAAGGAAGCAUUUUCAUUUUGAUAUGAUUGAUUUUUGUUGGUCAAUUUAUAAGUGAUUGUCAACUCUUAUUCUUUUAGCGGUGACUUUAUUUUUAAACAUCAAGCAUAUUGUAUUUGCAGAGGCUGUAGAAGGGAAGAAAGGACUGUGGCAUGACUAGCAGACCAAAAUGAGACAGCAAGUGCAACUUUUUCACUAUUUCACUUCCUGCUGCGUGAGCUGCUGUAGUACAGGUGCUGUUGUUGGAACAGAACUGUCAGAAAGAGACAAAUGCAGAAUUUGUUCGCAGUAUCUGUGUUUCUUACCUUCAGGCUGAUUAAGAAGAAUGCAUGUUAGGCUUAUAUCUUAUGCUUUUUCUGGAUUGAUUUUCUUUAAAUAAGAUAUGACAGUCUGUUGAUAUGCUGGACCCUUCUGUUGAAAUAGACUGUGUACAAAUAAAUCAUGGAAGUUCUGCAAGUAGGCUGAUGGAUGUAUUGCAGCAUUUGGCCCACCUGUAAUAGAGUAAAUUUUUAUGUCAAGAAGGCAUGUGCCACUUAGUAAUACAUACUGAUGUUUUCAACCAAAACUGCUAUGGGUAUAUUAAAUGCAAUUUAUUAGCAGAGUGGAUAGUUUGCUGUAUAAACUGAAAAAAGCCUGUGAUGCCUGAGAAGGUUAGGUGUGAGAGCUGAACUGCCACAGUAAUAACAUGUACACCUGCUUUGUCACAGAUGCAUUGAACCUUGACCAAAUACUGACUAUACCUAUUGUAUCAGACAUUAAUAUAUGGAAAUGUUCUCAGCAGUUUUAGGAUGCUGCAAAAACUGCUGUUUAAAGAACUCUAAAAGGAUUGACUUAGUUUGUCCUUCUGAAAAUUCUUGAGUGCUUUUUUUUUUUUGAACAUGCAUGUAGUAGCACUGUGCUACAUAUUAAGUCUGGGAACUUGGUAUUUAUGUGCUCACAGCUUGUCAAAGGUGUAGAAAUUGUACAGAGAUUUGUUUGUGAUUAGUUCUCUUAAAAGUAUCUGACAUUUUAAGUAUAUAGGGAAACUCAUUUAUCACUGUAACACAGCUGUGUAGCAGCUGAAAAUCAGCAUCACUAAGACAGCCUUUCUAUCCAGCUGAGUUAGAGAGAACAUUCUGUCCAGUACAAUAAAAGUGUCAGUUCUGGAACCUAACCGACAGCAUGUGAUUCUUUCCAAGAAGUCAAAUACAUUUGUGCUACCAGCAAAAGGAGUCAACACUCCUUUUCACUGCAGAGGGUGCAGACACAGUCUUUUCUUUCACUGAGGCAGGCUCAGGCUGUGUGGAAGUGGGAUGUAUCUACAGUGUCCUAGCACUUCUCCUUUAAAAUGUGUAUGUCUCAACAGGGCUGAAUUUCAGCUAUGCAAGAGCAAAGUGUGGGGAGGUGGGUCAUUUGCAGAUGUCAGAUCUUUCAAGAAUGAGCAGCUAUGCAGGGACAAGCAAACAAUGGGGCAUGUUCUUCCUCCUUGUGUGAGGAAGAACUCAUAAAUGAUUUACACUAAAAAUUGUUAUUUUUGCUAAGCACCCAUUGUACUUAAGACAGUGUGUGGAGAAAUUAAUUAGACCAUAAUAGCCAUUAGUUUGGGCAGCUGAAACUCACUUGGUUUUUGGCAUGGGAUUGCUUACGUGAGGGCCGGCAGCAUUGUCCUGUGCUGUAGCUUAUGGUGUGGCCUCUGCAUAAGUAGAGAAGUUACUCAUAGGUUAUUUUUUGUUAAGAACAUGUGAUGCAUAUUCAUUUACUUUCCCUCAAGGGCCAUCUCAGGUUGUUUUCAGAACUGGAUUUAAGAAUUUAAUAAGGUGUGCAAACUUUGCCAAGGCUGUGAUUUUCCAGCACUCCUAUGUUUUUAAGACUGAGUUGCAUUGUCAUCAGUGUUUUUUUUCAGCAGAAAAUGUUUGUGUUAUUCAUUUAUCUUUCCAUUCUUGUAAUAACACAAAACAGUUUAGCAACUGAGAAUGGUGCUAUGAGGAACUGUAAUUUGCUGCUGUUUGUUGAACGGCUGGCAGAUGCCUGUAAUGAAAUGUGACCAGUUGUGAGGACACAUCUAUCCUACCCUCGGCAACACUGCUGCCAUUUGAAGCUGGGUGCUGUGGAUCCUCUCCUCAGGACAAUCUCUCUGCAAAGCAGGGAGCCAUACUUAAGAUACAGUGUCUGGUGGUUGUUCACUCCUAAUUUUGAAGUCCACAUUUAUGAAAGCAUUAUUUAUCAAGUAUAGAGUACAUAUCACAGACUGCAGGACAGGGUGAAGCUAUAGAGCAUAGCUUUUUGAAAAUCUGAUGGCUACAAAAGCCUCGCCAGUAGCAGUGUGAAAGUGGGCAGCCUAACAUGCUGCUGCUGUAGCUACAGUAGUAUAGGGGUGCUACAGGUUUCUAUUUAUGGGGCCACAUGCUGAGACAGUGACAGCAUGGCAGGGAUAGUAAAAACCAGCAUAGCCUAAGGUAAGGAUACCUUUACCACCAGAUAAACCCCUUUCCCAAUGCAUUUCUAGGGAGCUGCCCAUCUCUUCCACCUUCUCUCAGCACCUUGCACUGCUGCUGAGCUACUUUGGUAUGGGAACUUUUUCCUAACACAUUUUCCUGGGGUGGCCCCGACCUUUGAAUUUGUCCAAGUAAGCCUGCUGCAGCCUGAGAGCUCUUGUAAUUACUGCCUGCUGCUUCCUUCUUUACUAUUGGUAAGCACAAGCCUUGUGAUGCUCACCUCUGUGCAUCUGGUUUUUCCUACUCCACCAAGGAGUGUGUUAAUGUGCCAGGAAAAGGCAGUGUUGUCAGCUCUGUGUACAAGCUUGGAGACAAAUAAAUGGUUUGGUCCUUUUUCUGCGCCUUCAGGUUUUGGAAGCUUUAAGAUCUGUUCCCUUUGUCACAGCUGUCAUGAAUCCUGGUUGUAAUGGUGUAGCGGAUCAGCUUUAGGCUUAAUAAACUUCUCCAAGGGUGGCUUUAAACUACAAUGAGAUGAGAUGUGAUACACCCUCCAUUUGAAGCAGUACCUCUGUAUGUGAGCUGCUCCCUGUUCUCCGUGGCUUUGGCUCCCUGCUCCAUAGGCAGUUCUAUGUUCCCCAAGGUGUGUGCUGUAAGCCUGAAUGUUUGAGAAGGGAAAAUGCAUGGAAGGAAUGUCUUCUGUCUGAGAAGAGUCUGUCUUCCUAGGAGGGAGGAGUAAUCAGUGCAAGUUUGGUAACAAUCCUAGAGCCUCUCCAGCACAUUUUCUGAUAGUCCCUGUGGAGCCUUUCUUGGUAAGUAUCUUGAAUGAUACACAAAACUGGCUUGCUCCGAACUAUGAGCCUAAUAGUGAAGAGGCUGCUGAUGGAAAGGGUGACUAUACAUAUGGACUGAUGUGCUUGGUAAUUAAAAAUAAUCUUUAUUAUAACUUAAAUGUGAUAGGAAAUAUGGUGAGUACAAAUGCCACAAAACUAAAAGAAAAAAAUUAAAAAAAAAAAGUAGAAGAUACAAAAGGACACCUUGAAAGAAUUCAACUGAUGGGGCAGGUGUAGUAUAAAAACCAUAACAUGGCUAUUUCACCUUCUGCAAAAAGAGUUUAUAUCCCUCAGUAAACAAGUAAGCAUUUUGCACUGUACAAAAUGUACUUCUUUAAUUAAAGGAAGAAUAUAUAUAUUUAUAAAUAUACAGGUAUGUACAUUCUUGUAACAUUCACAGUAAAAAAAACAAAACAAAUGA